UGUGAGACAGCGAGCGAGUGAGCGACAAAGUAGCAGCUCGCAGCCUCGUACAAACUGACAUUACUGUUUAAGCUGCCUUCAUUCAGUCACACGCACAAAAAAAAUCAUACAGAAAAGGUGGAAUCAGCCAGCGGCUCACUCUUUUCAUUGCCAUACGCAGAGGGUUUUGGUUUGGUUUUACAUGGUAGCGAGAAUCGAGUUUAUAUUAAAUACAGCGCACUGAGGGAAUACAAGAAUGCUUCCGAACCACACACUCUGUAUGUUGUAUCUACUCCACAUCACGGCUGCAAUAGUUUCAGGUCUCGGGACUUUCCGAGAGGAAUCUGAGAUCGUUUACCCGGCGGUUUUACCGAGCAGCCCAGGGGCCGGGGCUGAGGCCGGGACGACAUCCAGGGAAGUGCGCUCUAUCUCGGCUAGGGGCGAUGAAUAUGAGUCGCAGGAGUUUUAUCCACGGGAGUUACAGCCGCUGCUGGCCCCGGUACGGGCGCUGCAGCUGAAGAUCCCAGCGUUUGGCCGAGAGCUUUACCUGAGCCUGCGGCGGGACAGCCGCUUCUUAUCGGGCAGUUUCACGGUGCAUAGCCACCGGGGCCGCUCUCACAGCUCGCUGCUGCCUUCCCGAGCCGAGCUCUCCUGCUACUACAGCGGUUUCGUGCACUCUUACCGCGGCUCGCUCGCCUCCUUCAGUACCUGCGGGGGCCUGAUGGGGUUCAUUCAGAUUAACGAAGAGUUUAUAUUUAUUGAACCUCUGAAUCACACCUUGGCUGUAACAGGAUAUGCUCAUCGUGUUUACAGAAGAAAACGGUCAAUGGAUGAAAAAUCAGCAGAAAAGCAAGCAUCACAACCAUUGUGUGGAGUUUAUACAGAUAAAAGAAAAUCCAAAAAUAGAAAACAUAUGGAGAGAGGAAGAGGCAGGAGAUAUGCAUAUAAAUUAUUGCAUGACUAUAAUGUGGAGACUUUAGUUGUUGCUGAUACAACAAUGGUCAACUAUCAUGGAGCUGAUGCUGUCAGAAGGUUCAUAUUAACGGUCAUGAAUAUGGUCUUCAAUCUGUUCCAACACAAAAGUCUUGGCAUUCAGAUGAACCUACGAGUGACAAAACUUGUUUUACUUCAUGAAACACCGGAAGACCUUUUUAUAGGCCACCAUGGGGAAAAGAUGCUGGAAAGUUUUUGCAAAUGGCAACAUGAAGAAUUUGGAAGGAAGAAUUAUUUCGAUAGUGAUAUGUCUCCCAGUUGGAGGGAAGAUUUACCAGCUGUUGAUGCAGCCAUCCUGAUAACGAGGAAGGAUUUUUGUGUGCAGAAAGAUGAACCCUGUGACACUGUUGGUAUAGCAUACCUUAGUGGGAUGUGCAGUGAAAGAAAGAAGUGUGUUCUUGCAGAGGACAAUGGAUUGAAUCUGGCCUUUACAAUUGCUCAUGAGAUGGGUCACAAUAUGGGAAUGAAUCAUGACAAUGAUCAUCCAUCCUGUGCAGAUGGCCUCCAUAUUAUGUCUGGGGAAUGGAUUAAAGGACAGAAUCUGGGGGAUGUUUCCUGGUCCCAAUGCAGCAGAGAUGAUCUGGAAAGAUUUCUCAGGUCAAAGGUCAGUAAUUGUUUACUGCACACAGAUCCUCAAAGCCUCAAUUCAGUGAUGUUGUCAUCCAAGUUGCCAGGCGUGAUCUACACAGCAGAUGAACAAUGUCAGAUUCUCUUUGGCCCUUCAGCUUCUUUCUGCAAAGAGAUGCAGCAUGUCAUAUGUACUGGGCUAUGGUGCAAAGUAGAUGGUGAGCAGGAAUGCAAAACCAAACUAGACCCACCACUAGAUGGAACAGAAUGUGAAAGAGAAAAGUGGUGUAAAGUUGGUGAAUGUGUUAGUAAGGCACCUCUUCCAGACGACACAGACGGAGAAUGGAGUAUUUGGAGUAUAUGGAGUACUUGUAGUCGGACAUGUAGCGUGGGAGUGCAUUUCCGCCAGCGUAAAUGUGAUAACCCAAGGCCUGGCCCUAAAGGCAAGAAUUGCCAGGGUUCGCAUGUGCAGUACAGGACAUGCAAGAAUCCUCCUUGUCCUGCUGGAGUGCCAAAUUUUCGAGACUUGCAGUGCCAAUCAAUCAACAGGCCACCAUAUCAAAAGCAUUCCUUGCAGUGGUAUGCCAUCAUUAACAGAGAAAAGCCCUGUACACUGUUUUGUUCUCCUCUGGGGAAAGAUCAACCAAUACUGAUCUCAGAGAAAGUCCUUGAUGGAACGCCGUGUGGUCCACAUGAGGCAGACAUCUGUGCGAAUGGCACAUGCCAGAAAAUUGGCUGUGAUGGCAUGUUAGAUUCCUCAGCCAGAGAAGAUCAUUGUGGAGUGUGCAAUGGGAAUGGAAAAUCAUGUAAAGUUAUAAAAGGAGACUUUAAUCACACAAGAGGGGCAGGCUAUGUGGAAGCUUUGGUGAUACCUGCAGGAGCAAGGAGGAUACGAGUCGUUGAAGAGAAACCAGCGCACAGUUACCUUGCUCUCCGAGAUGCCAGCAAACAUUCCAUUAAUAGUGACUGGAAGAUUGAACAUCCAGGAGCAUUUAACAUUGCUGGAACGACAGUCCACUAUGUAAGAAGAGGAUUCUGGGAAAAGAUUUCUGCUAAAGGUCCAACCACAUCUCCUCUACAUUUACUGGUGCUACUCUUUAAUGACCAGAAUUAUGGCAUUCACUAUGAAUACACAAUUCCGAUUGAGCCAGGUCCAGGAAAUCACAGCGCAAAGACCAAUGUUCCUCUCUUUAUGUGGACUCACUCUGGCUGGGAAGAUUGCGGUGCCAUGUGCGGAGGAGGAGAAAGAAAAACACUUGUGACUUGUACAAAAAUCAUGAGCAAAACUACAACUAUUGUGGACAAUAGAAAAUGCAAACAGCUGAAAAAGCCUGAGUCACUAGUACGCAAGUGUAAUCAGCAGCCAUGUCAGACCAGGUGGAUGAUGACAGAAUGGACACCAUGCUCACGGACGUGUGGUAAAGGAAGUCAAAGCCGACAAGUGGCCUGUACCCAGCAGCUCCGAAAUGGAACUUUUAUCAGAGCUCGAGAAAGAGACUGUUCCGGACCGAAACCUACUUCUCUCCAGCACUGUGAAGGUCAGGACUGUCUGACAGUGUGGGAAGCUGGAAUAUGGUCAGAGUGUUCUGUGAAAUGUGGCAAGGGGGCUCGACAUCGAACAAUAAAGUGUACCAAUCCGCGCAAGAAAUGCGAUUUAUCAACCCGCCCGAAGGAGGCAGAAGACUGUGAGGAUUACUCAAAGUGCUAUGUCUGGAGAACAGGAGACUGGUCUAAGUGUUCCGUUACCUGUGGAAAAGGGAUGCAAUCACGAGUAAUCCAGUGUAUGCACAAAGUGACAGGAAGGCAUGGAAGUGAUUGCUUCCUAUCAGAAAAGCCUGCAGCCUAUAGACCUUGCCAUUUAAAACCAUGCAAUGAAAAAGUCAAUGUGAAUACUAUCACAUCACCCAGACUAGCUGCUUUGACGUUUAAAUGUUUGAAGGACCAGUGGCAAGUGUAUUGCAAAAUAAUACGAGAGACGAACCUCUGUCAAGACAUGAGGUGGUAUCAGCGUUGCUGUGAGACCUGUAGAGACUUCUAUGCACAAAAGCUAUUGCAUAAGAGUUGACAUCAUCUUUCACAUCAGCACCAAACUUAUUUUUAUAAGUAAAAUAUAAUUUAUGAAAAUACAGAACUACAACUUGUUUAGACCAAGGUACUGAUGUAUUAGGUAUAAUUUAUUCAUUUUAAUUUAUUAUUUUUGUUUACCAAGAUUUUUGGAGUACUGUUCAGUGAUUAUCAGAAUCCAGAUAUUUUAACUUUUUGUUUGCUAAGAUGGGUCCAUUCAUUGUAAGCCGAUAACUUGACAACUAUCAGAAUGUAUUUCAUGCAUAAAUGACUCAUGUCUUCAUGGAUAAUGUGACAUGAGCUGAAGUUAACACUCACUGUAAUCAUUUCAAAGACUGUAGGGAAAGCCUGUAGCAAGAUAUUGAAGUUCUCACUAUGCAUUCAAUAGUGCCAAUUAUAUUUGCUUGAAAAACAGUGACUUGAGAGUGAAACACUGUGGAGUGCAACACUGAAUUAUUUUUGCAACUUUCAGGUACUGUCUAAGGUUCUACAGUCUAUGAAUAAAUAAUAAAUGUCUAUUGCAUUACUGUAAAAAUGUCACUAUUAACAGUUUACCCUUAGACUUUUGUAAAGUACUUUUUGUCGAGUACAGAAUGGAAUAUUGUGACUGUUUGCGUUCAGCAACCAAACUAUUCUCUCAUAAAUACUGAGAAUAAAAUUCUAUGAAUUUUAGCUCAAAAUAUUAAUUUAUAUCAGCAGUGCAUGGGUACAUCCACCAAGUUUGGUGUUUUCUAUUUUGCCCAACUCUGAUCUCUUGUUUGUACAUGACUAAAAGUCAGGAUUAAUUUGGGUAAAAAGUGGUGCUCGAAUUACACAGCAGGCCAGCGCAGCACCUGUACAGUUGAGACAACAAGUCAAGAAUCCACUCACAUCAGGACCACUGCUUUUUAACUUUCCAAGUGCUAUUGGAUUUGCUGUGCAUUUCAAGAGUUUUGUGUUUUUGUUUUAAAAAGUUUCAAAUAAAAUAUUUUAAUUAAUAAUUUGAGAGAAGAAUAAAACAAAAGAUUAAGUGUAUUAUGUCUUUAUGCAGAACAUGCUUUGGAUAUGAAAAAAAAUACUGGAGUAAAAGAUUUAGGCAUCACUCUAGCCUCAACAGAAAUGUGAUUCGGUGAAUUUCUAUAUGGUGCUCUUGUCUCAGUUGAUCAUUGGCUAAUUGUUCCCAUUUGUGGCAAUGCAACAAAGGCCAUGCCUCAGUCAGGGAGCUGAAUUGCACACUGCCACUCCCAUAGAGGAGAUCAAGGACCAAAUAGUACCAAUGAAGUAAGGGGACAAAUAUUUUAGUAUUUUCGCUGUGGUGCAAUGAGAUCCAACAGUAAGAAAUCUUUGUUUUGCAAACAAUUAAUUUUUUUUAUUUAACUAGAAGCCCAAAGCAGCUUGUUCUGAAAAGACAUAAGUCUUUCUGGACAUUUCAGAGGCAUUACUCAUAGAGUUUCUGGAUUAGCCUGAGAGUGCAACUCUGCUAUAGCCUAUUAAACUACUAGUUCCACUAAAUGGGGAAGGCAGAAGAAUCUCUUGGUCAUUAUCUUUCCCUAUUACCAAGCAGUGUAAUUUUAUAGUGGCUGCAAAAGGGUCAGAAACUUGCUGAUUCAGCUAUUUUGAUCCAACUUCUGAUUCGUUCAUUAAAAUUACACCCCGAUUCAUGUAAUUAUCAUCGAUUAGCUUCUUUUUAUAUGUUAGGUCACGUUUGUCACAAUUCUUUGCAAUGAAGUAUUUAAAAGCUUAAUUCUUGAAAUUAAUUUGUGCAAUAUUAGCAUACAUGCACAUGCAUUGUUAUUUAAAGUCUGCUAUCUUAAUUGAUGAUUUAAUUCAUUUAAAUAAAACACAUCUAUUAAAAUAAUAAACAAAGAAAUUUUAUCACAGAAUUUCAAGAAUUUAUGGCAAAUUACUCUUUUAGUAAUAUUCAUCACAUAGAUAUAAUCCCUCUCCUCAUCACACCUUGGAGUGGCUUACAGCAGUUGUUUGGCCACAUUGUCUGGUAAGCCAUGUUUUUAAAGGAUUUUUUUAAAAAAACUGUGUUAUUCUCUCUGCCACAGGGGUUCUAUGCUUAAUUUUUACAGGGAUCCUAGAGCAACCAGUCAACUUCCCUCUCCUCUUUAUUUGUUUUUCAUCCUUAACAAUAGCAGAGCUCCUCACCCAGCUGUCACUAUGUAUUUAAUGCUAAAAUGAUUAGUCAAUGAGUUGUUGCAGUUUAUUUUUAUUUACCUUCUUUAAAAGCCGUUAUUUUGGGUUCAAAUAUCAUUUUUUGAAAUGCUAAAGGUGAGUCAAUUUGGUUUUAGCCUGAAAAAAUAAGAACUUGCAUUUUUAUUUCUAUGAAAUGAAUUAUUUAAAUAUGAUCCACCUUGACUGCACAGGAGUAUUGCUUGUGCAAGUAACCCGUUCCUGUUGGUGGCAUAUUAGUUUCUGUGAUAUUAUUUUACAGGUUGUAGGCUGAGCAAAGUUUAUAGCCAAAAAUUGUAAACACUGUCUCUGUGCCAGAGGCUUGGCAAAUCAAAAUGGUGUCCUUCAGUGCAAGAUUGACAGGGUGGCCCCUUUUUUAAGUUAUUGUUAAUCAGAGUGACGCAAGCUUGUUUGUGUCCAGAUAAACAAACUCUAGUAUUAGACAGAGAUGUGAAAAAAAAAAUUUGCUUUGAAAACUCCUAUUCCGUGCGUGUAGACAUGAGCAAAGCUGAAAUACUGUAAUUCAAAGAAGCAAGCUGUUGCUGAAACUCUUUAUCUGUCUCUUUGGAUAAAAUAUACAAAGAAAAAUGCCAAGAUUUCCUGUAUUGAUAGCAGCCUAACUCAUUUGUAUACUGAACAGAAAUUGGCCAAGUCUCCUUUGUAGUCAAUUGAAAAUGUCUCAGAACUAAACAGUCUUUGGCAUAUUAAGCAAUUUAGGAGAUCUGUAACUGGAUAGGCAGAAACAUCAUUCCAUCAGCUAGCCUAUUUUGGUUUCAUAUUUUAUUUUAUUUGAAGAAUAAGUUGCAGAUCAUUUUACCGAAAAACUGCUUUCAUCGCAACUUGCCUGCAAUAAUUUAAAUAGUAAAAAUAAAACAGUAAAUUUACAGGUUUCUAAAUUGAUUUUUAUUUUUACUUCAGGUGCUGUUACUUGAAAUAUUUGUGUAGGACUGAGUGUAGAUCUUUAGAGCUGUAACAUUUGGAAUAAUUCCCUUAAUUGUUGUAUUGCAUUCUUUGCUUUUAAAUGAAAAUUUGAAGAAGUGCCAAGUGUAAUGAGAUUUGCAACCUGUUACAUAAUUGUGAAAUUGUAUGUAUUUGAUCAACUAUGCUGUAUAUUUUAUGCCUCUUAGCACAAGGCAUCUUCCCAAACUCUUA